UUUACUGUAGACUGCCAUUCUCUGUUUUCUUUGUAUCAAAUAAAUACUUAUGUAGGAUUAUCCUGGUGAAUAUAUAGGACAUUGUUAUGAAGUAAGCAGGUGCGUGCUUUAUCACUACAAUAUUUAAUGAGUUUUAGAUCUGAAAUAUUUAUUUGGAGACUAUUAAACAUUUGGAUAACCUAGAUUAAUAAGAAUAUGGGUGGUAGCGCCUCGUUUCCGGUCGUGCAGAUCCCGAAAAGUCGCAUUUUCUUAAUCACGGGAGCGAAUGCCGGAAUUGGAUAUGAGAUGGCUAAAUGGUCAGCCAUGAUGGGAGCUACAGUGAUCCUAGCUUGUCGGUCAGAGGACAGAGCAAGAAAAGCCAUGGAAAGAAUGCAAGAGGAAUUUAAAACUGAAAAAGAAAAAGGAACAACGGGCUUAACUGAUAGUCCAACACUAGCGCUUGAAUUCAUGAAACUGGACCUUGCAUCGUUUCAGUCAGUGGUAGAAUUUUGUGAGGAAUUUAAGAAAAGUGGCCGUCAGCUACACGUGUUGUGUUGUAAUGCAGGUCUCGCUAUAAGUCACGGCAAACGAAGUGCAGACGGACUGGAGAUCAUGCUACAGGUCAACUAUCUAAGUCAUUGCAUCAUACUUGCAAAAUUCCUACCAAUAAUGAAAAAGUCAGGACCCGACUGUCGCAUUGUACUCACGUCAAGCAAAGCUCAUGAAAACGGAACGUUUGAUGUUGCUACGAUGAAUUACACUGGCACCGUCGAAAGAUUUCCAGAGUUCGAUUAUUACGGACGGUCAAAGUUGUAUCAAGUUAUGCAAACAAUUGCUUUGUCACGAAGUCUUAAGAAUUCCAACAUUACCAUCAACAGCUUUCAUCCUGGAUUGGUUGACACGGAGAUUUUUCGGCCCGCAGAUACAUGCUUUAUGAAAUGUUGUCUUUGCUUUUGCAAAACUAUAGGUGGCAUGAGAACCUGUUUAGAAGGGGCCACAACCGGCAUUGACCUUGCUACGAAUCCGAAACAUGCCGGGGUGUCAGGCCGUUACUGGGUAGAUUGUAAGAUCACAACGCCAUCUAGCACGUCACGUGACGAGCAAAAACAGGCGACGCUGUGGAAAGAAACGUAUCCGUUUAUUCAAAAGUACCUAACCGAAGAGGACAUAUCAAAUCUUGAGGAAAAAUCUCAAGAAUAGGAGAUCUGAAGACGUGAUGAAAUUAUAAAAAUCAAACCGUUCCAGAUAUGUGUCCAGUUUAUGGAAACUUAACAGUGACAUGCAAUUACAAAAUAAGACGAAAUUCAGUAUUAACAUGUGUGUGAUCAGACAUCGUGUCUGUGAAGAAUGUAAACAAACACUUAAUUAUGAUACUUUGUAGGUUUAUUAUAAAAAAUGAAUAAUUAUCUGUAGACAUGUGCCUUUAAAGAUUGUAUGAUGUCUGUCCAGUGUGUCAAAUUCAGAAUACUAAUAAUGAAUCUACAUGUGUAAUAGAAACGAAAUGCCAGCAUAGCGGUUUCAAAUUUGAUGAAUGUUGCUUCCACGACAUCAAUUUUACUACGACAGUCGAACACAGAUAAGUUUUGAAGUAUAUUUGAAAAGUGAUUUCUAUAGGGUAUGCAAUAGGGAAGCACACAUAAUAUUUUAAGCUGGUAGAUAGAAAAUCAGAAAACACUGAUUUUAUCGAUUCAAACAACACGAAUACAGAUAUUUACAUGCUUAAGUUUACAUGCCGUUUAAAUCAAAUAUACUUAAUUUAUUACUCGUUUUAACUCAUUGAAUGGAAGAAUCAUAAAUAAGACUUAUAUGUACAAUUGCCUGCUAUAUUGUAAUGCUUUUCAUUCGUUAUUUUUAUUCACUCGGGUUGUUUACUUUCAUUGUUAUAGCUUUUACUGACGAAAACUCAGGAAGUUUGCUAUUGCAUUUGGUUAUAUUUACAGGACGACAACCCAACAUUUUGUUCUAGUAUUAUGCCAUCUUUAUCAAUCGUUCACUUUAGUUUGUGUAUGUAUUCAGUUUUCGCGACAUACUUCAAUGUUCCCUUAUUCCUUCUAGUAAAUCCAAAUUUCAUAUGAUGUUACCAUAUGUAUCAGAUAUUUAGUAUUUCUGCAAACUAAAUUCUAAGAUUUAUAGUAUAUCAUAGUAAGUGUAAUGUUUUUGAUACUGUACACAAUACACUUGAUAUGUAUGCCAUAUUGAUUUUCGCGGUGAGCGAUUGUUCGGCAACACUGACGUUUUUGGCUCUGUUUUGACUGUAUUAUUCACGACGUCCUGUUCUUAUAUGUCAAAGAUAGUUCAUAAUAUGUCUGUUUACCAUUCUACAAUUAUUAUGUUACGCAUUUCUAUAUUUCAACGCAUUUUGUUGUGGAGCAUUCUUUUUACUGUCUCACCCUGUUGAUAGUGGAUAAUCUCAGAACUUUUCUUUAGUACGUUCAUUUUCGCACUGGUUCAUCAUCGUGUUAUGUGCUGUUUCUGUGAGAGCAUAGAUAGGCUCCCAUGUUUUCAGUCGAGGUCUCCAACUUCGAAGUUUACACUUGUUUGUUGUUUUAUAGUUAAUCUUGAUAUCGAAUUUCUAAAGAUGCGCACAAUUUUCAUUUGUUUCACUUUGGCAAUUUUAACCCUUAGCAUACUGGACACCAUUGAUUCUGCCUUUGCGACCUGUGCAGAUCAUGAUCAGCCUGCAGAUCCGUGCAGUCUGAUCAAGAUCUGCACUGUUCGCUAUUCAGUCGGUAUAGUAUUGGUAAGCGCCCCUUAUAACAACUAAUGGUACUGUCCAAAUUGGAAGAUGGAUAAGUUCAUUAUAGAAAGUUUGCAGAGUAAGGGUUAAACAUUUUAGGAAAUGAUGAAUGAAAUGAUUGACAAAACUAAAAUACCAAGUUGCUACACGACUGUGCGUCUUCACAACAGUUUGUAAUAUCAUUAUGCAAUGUUUUUUUGUAUGUACCUUUUAAACUGGUAGGAUUUUAGUAAAUAAAUUAUAAGAAAUUUUA